UAUUCGAAUUUCCGGAAUCGAUUAUCGUAAUCAGAGCUACCUCCUGAACCGGUUACCACAUCAGAGAGAUGCUCAUAGCGACCAUAAUCGCUUUUCAGUGAUGUCGCUUUGUCCGUCGUCGUCUCAUCAGCUUGUUGCAGCGGCGAUUGCAUUUCGACGUGCUCGUCGCAAAUUUCCCAAGGACUUCGGUCUCGAGAGCUCAACUGAACGUGUCUCUGAAAGCGUAAAGGCGGAAACCGCGACGAGCCGCGAAGAGCCCAUUAAUCAAGCGAGAUCGAGCUCCUUGCUAGUGAAACGCGCAUGUAGCUCAAGAUCCGAUCACGCCUGUCCGGCAAGUGUACGCGGCCGCGAUUAUGAUAAUCUCUACACCGAGAAUUCGAUCAGCUGCAGUUGCUGCCGGAACGGAAGAAACGGCAAGGACACCUCGGCGCAGCGCGACGAGUGCAGCGGCGGAGAUGCAAUCGAUACCGUGCCGAGCAGAGAGCGCGAGGAGGUGCCGGCGACGUCAGCUGCGGAUAAAAAUGAAUUUGCAAGACCGGCCGAGAGGGAUAGGUGCGACGCAGCGUCGAGAACAACGAACGACGAGGCGGCUGCCACGAUGGAAUGGAUCUCGCAAUCGGGACGCAGUUCAACGUUCUACCAUCACCGUGAAGCCCGUUGCUCGUCGAGGCUGUGCUCGAGCUUGGCUACUGCGAGUCUAAUAUGCGACGCGACCCGCGAGGAGAACGACAGGGUCGCGUGCGGCGACUCUUCGGGGGACAAGGGCAAGGACUCGAUGUCGUCGAGCUGUCACGGAACGUUCAUCGAUUUCGACGACGGCGUUGCGGAGGAUGUCGUUACCGGCGAUGGAGUUCGGAGUCAUACUUCAAGUGUCGAGGACGCGUGGACAAAACUGGAUGCUUCGACAUCUGUUCCUCAACAGAGGAACACAGAUUCGGCUUGGCGAUGUCAGCACGAAGAGUCUUAUCCGUGCGAGGAGCCCACGUUUGACCUUUUGGGAUCAUCGUACGGUCGUCACUGCGACGGGUGCAGUCAUCGUCGUCAUCGCUGUGGCGACUGUUUUCAUCGGCACUGUUGCUGUCAGCGACACGACUUGUCCAUGAACGCAGAAAGAUGUGAGACGCACGGGUACAUCUGCGACGGACGAGCACGGCACAAAAGCUGGCGCGACCCAAUGCGGGACGAGAGUAGUCGAUUGUACGCGCGGCAUUGCCACUCGAAAGACUCCGACACAAUAUCCGUCGCUCGCGAGCGCAAGAACGAAGAGCGCGAGAACGAGGACGUGGGCGAUGAGGACGAGGAAGACGACGACGAGGUGGCCGUUAUCAAUCACAAGGACUCCAUGUGCAUCCUUGCUGAGAAAUAUAAAGCCAGCAGGAGGUGCCGCGCUGGAAGGUGCGAGGAUCAAGCAACUCGAUCGGCCGACAGGACGGGCAAGGACGAGUGUAACAAAUCGUUGACUUCGGAAAUCAUCGAUCAGCCGGAGUUACUGGAGAGCGCGAAUGUGGCCCCACACGAGGAAUCGAGCGUGAAACACGUUUGCCGAGCACAUUGCGAGAGCUGCGGGACCGCGAUUGCGAAUACGUGUAAUCGUGGACGUCGACACGUACCGUCAGAGAUUGAAUACGAGCGAUUGAAGACUCCUUUGAGCGACCCAGCCACCUCCUCUCAGUGCUGCUCAAUGCGAGCGUCUUGUAGACGUACAUUCUGACUUCGAGCUUGUUUCUUAGACGGUUUUUUUUACAAUUUUCCCUUUUUGUAGUUAUUUUCAGAGAUAAAUGUUCAUGUGCGCACAACAUCAGCGUAUCCCCGAACGGAAGAAAGAAGGAAAAGGAGAAAAAGGAUUAAAAAUUAAUUGGAAUUUA